CCCACCACCCUGAAACACAGAGGAAAAGGGUGUUGUACCACCUACUGUUGUCCUUCUCUUCUCUCUUUAAUUUUACUGUUCUUUUCUUUGUCUUUCUCUCCUGAGUCUUUGUACUUCUUUUUCUCUUUCUAGACCUCACUAGCACUAGUCACUAUACUACAUUCUCCAUCAUUUUGAUAUUACACCCAAACAAGCCAAAUACCUUUUUUCUUUUUUCUCUUCAAAGGUUCCAGUUUUCAGAAUCUUAUAAGCAAAAUCCCAUCUUUUCAUCAUCAGUAUCCAUGAAUCCACUUGGAUUCAGGCGUUCAGGUGAAUCAGAUAUGAGGUUGUGAAUGUUUUUUGCAUUGUGGUUCAUGAGGUUCUUUUCCCCUUAAAGUACUUUAACUAACAAAGAUCUAGGGUAAAACAUAUUUAAGCUUUUCUUGGUUUCAUCUUUUUGGCUUUGCUUGAGACUGUUGCAUUAGAAGAUUCCUGAGCAUUAGAGUAGUUUGAGCUGUCUCUGCUGAGAUCUUCUUUAGGGGAUUUGUUGAUCAUUGGCUCAACUGUGGUGGAGAAGUUGAAGGGUUCUGGAUUUAAAAACAAGAAAAGAAAAUGCAGAGACCGCCACAAGAAGAUUUUUCACUCAAAGAGACCAAACCCCACCUUGGUGGAGGGAAGGUCAUGGGAAGAUGGGGUUUGGUCACGGGCGAUAAACUUACUAGCACCUAUGACUUGGUUGAGCAAAUGCAGUAUCUUUAUGUUCGGGUAGUGAAAGCAAAGGAUUUACCUGGGAAGGAUCUAACGGGUAGUCUUGAUCCUUAUGUUGAGGUUAAGCUUGGAAACUAUAGAGGUACGACUCGUCAUUUUGAGAAGAAAUCGAAUCCUGAAUGGAGUCAGGUGUUUGCUUUUUCCAAGGAUCGGAUUCAGGCUUCCGUACUUGAGGUGAAUGUGAAAGAUAAGGAUGUUGUUAAGGAUGACUUUGUUGGUCGUGUUAUGCUUGAUUUGAAUGAGAUUCCUAAAAGGGUCCCACCGGAUAGUCCUCUUGCUCCACAGUGGUAUAGGUUGGAGGACAGACACGGUAAUAAAGUUAGAGGAGAGUUGAUGUUGGCUGUUUGGAUGGGUAAUCAGGCUGAUGAAGCCUUUACUGAAUCUUGGCAUUCGGAUUCGGCCACUGUUAGUGGUGCUGAUGCUCUUGCCAAUAUAAGGUCUAAGGUGUACCUUUCCCCAAAGCUGUGGUACCUUAGAGUUAAUGUGAUUGAGGCUCAGGACUUGAUUCCCGGUGACAGAAGUAGGUUUCCAGAAGUUUACGUGAAGGCCAUCCUCGGAAAUCAGGCAUUGAAGACCAGAGUUUCGAUGAGCAAGACUAUUAAUCCCAUGUGGAAUGAGGAUCUGAUGUUUGUAGCAGCAGAGCCAUUUGAGGAGCCGUUGAUUCUGAGUGUGGAAGAUAGAGUUGCACCAAACAAGGAUGAAGUACUUGGAAUAUGUGCUAUUCCUUUGCAGUAUAUCGAUAGGAGGCUGGACCACAGACCUAUUAACAGUAAGUGGUAUAAUCUUGAAAAGCAUAUUAUUGUUGAGGGAGAACAGAAGAAGGAAAUCAAAUUUGCAAGCAGGAUUCACAUGAGGCUAUAUUUGGAAGGAGGCUAUCAUGUUCUGGAUGAAUCAACCCACUACAGUAGUGAUCUUAGACCAACUGCAAAACAAUUGUGGAAGUCUAGCAUCGGUGUCCUAGAAUUGGGUAUUCUGAAUGCUACAGGCCUUUCGCCAAUGAAAACAAAAGAUGGGCGGGCAACGACUGAUGCUUAUUGUGUUGCCAAAUAUGGGCAGAAGUGGGUCCGAACAAGGACAAUUAUAGAUAGUUUCGCUCCCAAGUGGAACGAGCAAUACACUUGGGAAGUAUUUGAUCCGUGCACUGUCAUAACUAUUGGGGUAUUUGAUAAUUGUCAUCUCCAUGGAGGAGAUAAACCUGGAGGGGCUAGGGACUCGAGGAUUGGAAAGGUCAGGAUCCGUCUUUCAACUCUCGAAACAGGUCGUGUCUACACGCAUUCUUAUCCACUUCUGGUCUUACAUCCUACCGGGGUAAAGAAGAUGGGCGAAAUUCACUUGGCUGUAAGAUUUACUUGCUCAUCAUUAAUGAACAUGAUGCAUAUGUACUCUCAGCCACUGUUACCCAAAAUGCACUAUAUUUUUCCUUUAACCGUUACUCAGCUGGACAGCUUGAGGCAUCAAGCCUCUCAGAUUGUCGCUAUGAGGUUGAGUCGUGCUGAGCCACCUUUGAGGAAAGAGAUAGUUGAGUAUAUGUUAGAUGUCGGGUCUCACAUGUGGAGUAUGAGGAGAAGCAAAGCUAACGUUUUUAGAAUAAUGGGUAUUUUAGGUGGAUUAAUUGCUAUUGGGAAAUGGUUUGAUCAAAUAUGCAAUUGGAAAAAUCCCAUUACGACUGUUCUGAUCCAUAUCUUGUUCUUGAUACUAGUUCUAUAUCCAGAGCUUAUUCUGCCUACCAUUUUCCUUUAUCUCUUCUUAAUUGGAGUUUGGUAUUACAGAUGGAGGCCUAGAAAUCCUCCCCAUAUGGAUACUCGUCUUUCUUGUGCUGAUAAUGCUCAUCCUGAUGAACUAGAUGAGGAAUUUGAUACUUUUCCUACUUCACGUCCUCCUGAUAUUAUUCGGAUGAGGUAUGACCGUUUGAGAAGUAUUGCAGGAAGGAUACAGACUGUGGUUGGUGACAUAGCUACUCAAGGGGAGAGACUCCAAUCUUUGCUGAGCUGGAGAGACCCUAGAGCGACCGCACUGUUUGUUAUUUUCUGCUUGAUUACUGCCAUUGUUCUCUAUGUCACACCCUUUCAAGUUCUGGCACUCGUAACUGGAUUUUACGUGUUAAGACAUCCGCGGUUUCGCCAUAAGCUACCAUCUGCUCCGCUGAAUUUCUUCAGAAGACUGCCCGCCAGAACCGACUGCAUGCUAUGAGCUGUACUGUUAUCUGCUAUUAUCCAUUUUUCCCUUGUAUCUCCAGUUGAUGAAAUCAGUGUAGAAAUGAGCAGGGUUUUGGUUUUUUUUUUUUUUUUUUUUUUUCCUUUUCUUUUCUGAAACUGUUAGAUCUAGUGAAUUUUCU